GAAAAAGAUGGGGGCCACAUACGGAGUAGCAAAUUUGGUGGGCCCCACCCAGCCUCCCACUUUGGAAACCGGCUGGGCUGAACUGAAGCGCACAACGUGGCCCGGUCGAAUCAAAUUUGGUUGGUUAGUUCUGGUGGAUUCGCCGCAGCAGAUUUUAGCUCAACUGCGUCGUGGAGGAUAUCAUUUCCUCAUAUUUGAUUCAGGACACUCAAAGUGUAUGAAUGAAUACGCAGUACCUUAUAUGCUUUUGGGCGUAUAUACGGAUCAGGGAGUGAUGUUUUUAGACAAACACGAUGAAUAUCUCAGAAUGAGGAAAUCGGCCUUUAGAUGGAAUUAUCAUUGGGAUUUGAGCAAACAGAAAUGAUACUCAUGUGCCUUUUUCGAUCAUUAUCUCCAGCCUUCACUUGCGCAGAUGCGAAGUACAUUAUUACACUACAUUUGUACGCACAAAAGGCUACAGACAGUUUAGAUGGAUUUUCAUCAAAACUCAAAAUAUUCAUGUUUUUUGGAAAUGUGCAACUUUAAUGUGCAAAAAAGUACUCCGUAAAAAACAAAACAAGAGCUGUGAUUUGGUGUGAGAAGCCUAGCUAUCGGUAGAUGAGCCAACUUGACUAUUCUUUUAUUGUUGUGUUUAUUAUGUUAUAUGACAACUCUUUUCCAAUAGACCAAUAGUGACGCUCCAUGUUUUUGGUCUCCCUCGAUGUGGA